CUAGAAAGACCUCUCAAGCUUCUUCGGUUUCUUUUGUUAAAAGACAUAAUCAUGGCAGGUGAAAUGGUGGGUGGAGCUUUUCUUUCUGCUUCACUUCAGGUGUUGUUUGACAGGAUGACUUCACUUGAAUUGGUUGAUUUCAUCAGGGGAAAGAAACUCAACAUAGGGUUGUUCAAGAAGUUGAAGAUUAAAUUGUUAUCAGCUAAUUCUGUGCUGAAUGAUGCUGAGGAGAAGCAAAUAUCGAAUUCAGCUGUGAGGGAGUGGCUUAAUGAACUCCAUGAAGCAAUCUGUGAUGCAGAGGAUUUGGUAGAUGAGAUAAAUACUGAAGCUUUGAGAUGCAAAAUGGAAGCUGAAUAUGGAAGCAGCUCAAGUCAUCAGGUACUUAACCUCUUCUCAUCUAGCACUACCACUUCUUUUAAUAAACAAGUAGAAUAUAAGAUGGUAGAUAUACUUGAUAGAUUAGAAUUUAUAUUGGAUCAAAAAGAUGCUCUUGGUUUAAAAGAAGGUGUUCAAACAAGACCUUCACGGAGAUUACCUGCGACUUCUUCUGUAGAGGAAUCUGGUGUUUAUGGCAGGAAUGAUGACAAAGAAGCCGUUAUUAAGUUGUUGCUAAUAGAUAAUGGUAGUGGCGAUAACAUGUCUGUGAUUCCCAUAGUUGGCAUGGGUGGUAUUGGUAAGACCACUCUUGCUCAACUUGUAUACAAUGAUGAGAGGGUGAAGAAAUGCUUUGACUUCAAGGCUUGGGUUUCUGUAUCAGCAGAAUUUGAUGUAUUCAAAAUAAUAAAAACAAUUACUGAGAGAGUGACUUCCCAAACAUUUUUUGGCCAUGACCUGGAUCUUCUGCAAAUUAAAUUGGAGAAGGCUUUGAGAGAGAGAAAGUUCUUGCUCAUUCUCGAUGACGUUUGGAACGAGGAUUACUUUCUGUGGGAAGAGGUUAAGAAACCUUUUCAAUAUGGUGCAUGUGGAAGCAAAGUUAUAGUGACAACACGCAAUGAAAGUGUUGCAUCUGUGAUGCGCAAUAAUGUUCCAUCUUAUCAAUUACCAAUAGUGUCCAAUGAGAAUUGUUGGAAAUUAUUUGUAAAGCAUGCCUUCAACAAUGUAGAUCCAUGUGCUCAUCCAAAAUUGGAAGAAAUUGGUAAGCAGAUUGUUAUUAAGUGUAAGGGGCUUCCUUUAGCUGUCAAAUCACUUGGUAGUCUUUUACGUUAUCAACUAAAUCAACAGGAAUGGGAGAAGAUACUAGAAAGUGAAAUGUGGGAGUUGCCUGAAGAGAAAAAUUACAUUCUUCCAGCACUUUGGUUGAGUUAUCAGUAUCUACCUUCACAUGUUAAACGAUGUUUUGCAUUCUGCUCGAUAUUUCCUAAAAACUAUCCAAUUAACAAAGAAGACUUAAUCAAGUUAUGGAUGGCAGAAGGUCUUUUGAAUUGCCAGAAAAGAAAGAGGAUGGAAGAAGUUGGAGAAAAGUGCUUUCAAUACCUAUUAACAAGAUCAUUGUUUCAGCAGUCAAUAAAUUGGGAUAGAUCAAUUUGUUACAUCAUGCAUGAUCUUGUAAACGAUUUAGCUACAUUUGCAGCAGGUGAAUUUUUCUUGAGUUUGGAUGAUAUUGACUCAAUUAAUCUACCAAGCAAGAUCCGCCAUUUGUCACAAGUGAAAGAGAAGAGAUAUGACUUGAAGAAGUAUGAGGUUUUAAUUGGAGCUAAGUAUCUGCGUACCUGCUUCCUACCAUCACGAUGUCAUGACUACACACAAUUGCAGUCAGUAGCAGCAAAGUUGUUGCCAACAUUAACAGGCUUAAGAGUGCUAUCUUUGCGUGGAUGUUUUAUCGUGGAGUUGCCUGAUUUAAUAGGGAAGUUGAAACUCCUAAGGUAUUUAGAUUUGUCUGAGACUGACAUUGUGGAGGUGCCUAAUACAAUCUGUACUUUGUACAAUUUGCAAACACUAAUUCUGUCAGAUUGUAUACAACUCAAGUUGUUGCCUUCCGUCAUAGGAAGGCUGAUCAACCUGCGCCAUCUUGACAUCUCAUCCACACAUCUGGAAAGGAUGCCAUUAGAAAUGGGUAAAUUGAAAGAUUUGCAAACACUAACUGAUUUUGUUGUGGGAAAAUACAGUGGAUAUACCAUCAAGUUACUAGGAGAUCUUCCACAUUUGCGUGGAAAACUUUGUUUUUCAGGAUUACAAAAUAUUGUUAAUGUUGAAGAUGUGUUGGAGGCCAAAUUGAAGGAUAAAAAGCACCUUACAGAGUUAGAGUUUUCUUGGGGCUUUGAAGAGUUUGUUUAUUAUGAAAAGCAGAUGGAGGUACUUGAUGGACUGGAACCUCAUACAAACUUGAAGUCACUCAAAAUUAAGUUUUAUAGAGGUGGCCAGUUUUCAAAAUGGGUGGGAGAUGAUUCAUUUUGUAAUUUAGAAGAAAUACACCUUGAAAGAUGCAGGGAAUGCAGCAUGUUGCCGCCACUAGGGAAGCUACCAUUUCUCAAACAACUUCGUAUUAUGAAUUUCGAUGGAUUGGUGAAAAUAGGUGAUGAAUUUUAUGGCAGUGGAUCCUCCAUGACUAUGCCAUUUCAACGCUUAGAAUUCUUGUUAUUUAGCUCUAUGCCUGUUUGGGAGGACUGGUCAUUUGUCAGUGGGGAUGGAGUUUCGUUCCCACAACUUAAGGAGCUUGUUUUGGAAGAUUGUCCAAAAUUAACAGGAGGUCUAUGCUUACCUGAUACGAUAGAAGAUGUCCAGAUUACAGGAUGUGAAAAAUUAGAGUUCUCAGUACAGCACUGCUAUGGAUCACUUCGAAGGCUGCUGAUACAGCAUAGCUGCUAUUUUAUGAAGUCCAUUGCAUUAGACUAUUUGCCAAUGCUUGAAGUGCUUAGUUUAAGAUUUUGUAUCAAUCUGGAGUCUCUUACAUUCGCAGAACAACUCUGUCCUGUGGUUCUCUCUCUUACAGCUCUCCAUCUAAGAAUCUGUCCAAAAUUUGUGGCAUUUCCACAAGGACUGCAUGCCCCAAACAUGAAAGUGUUUGAGAUCGAAGAUUGCAAGAACUUGAGGUCACUGCCCGAACAGAUGCACAUCCUUCUUCCAUCUCUUCAGUCUCUAUCUCUAACUGACUGUCCAGAACUGGAGUCAUUUCCUGAAUGUGGAUUGCCAUCGAAUUUAAAUAUGCUUAGAAUUUAUAAUUGCAAUAAGCUUUUUGCAAGCCGGCUGCAGUGGAAUCUGCAAAGACUGACGUCUCUUACAGUCUUACACAUUGCCAGCAUCGAUGAAGUGGUGGAAUCAUUUCCUGAGGAAGGGCUGCUUCCAACCUCUCUCAUUCAUCUCAAUAUCCAAUUGGUUCAUCACCUUAGAUCCUUAAAUGGGAUGGCCUUUCAGCACCUUGCCUCCCUUGAAAGUCUGUUAAUUUCUGGCUGCAAUGAGCUCCAACUCUUGCCUGAAGAAGGAUUGCCUCCAUCUCUUUCUGAUUUGUCUAUCUCUAAAUGUGCUCUCCUAAAACAAAGGUGCCAGAGAGACACAGGGCAAGAUUGGCACAAGAUUUCUCAUAUCGCUUGCAUAAGGAUCGAUAAUAAGCACAUAUGAUGAGCAAUGAAUAUGCAUUAACAUGCUGCUGAUGUCGAGAAAAACAUAGAGACAGUUCACGGAGCAGAUCUUCUGAGAAUCUGGAGUUGCUUACAUGUUCCGAACAACCUCACCCUCCUAUACUCCCAUUUCUGACAAGGUUACAACUGACAGAUGGCCCAAAGUUUGUACAAUUUCCCCAAGGGUGGACUGCGUGCUCCCAACCUGUAAGAUAUUCGGAUUGAAGAUAGUAACAAGUUGAGGUCACUGCCUGAACACAUGCACACCCUUCUUCUAUCUCUUCGUUGGUUGAGUAUAUGGAAUUGUCUAGAGCUGGAGUCAUUUCCAGAAUGUGGAUUGCCUUCAAAGUCAGAACAUCUUGAAAAUUUCCAAUUGCAAUAAGCUCUUUGCCAAUCGCAUGUAAUGGAAUAUUCAAACACUCACUUGUUUUUCAUUCCCUACGAAUAUCUAACAUGGAUGAACUUCUGUUAGAUUUAUUUCUGGAGGAGGGGCUGCUGCCAACCACUCUCACUUGUCUUCUAAUAACCUAACUUCCACACCUAAAACCCUUAAAUGGAAAGGCCUUUCAACAGCUCUCCUUCCGUAAACGGUGGGGGACUCCUCACCGCCAAGAGCUCCAGUACCUGCAAGAAGAAGGAUUUUCUCUUUCUAUGUUGACAAUCUAUGAUUGUCCUUUGCCUAAACAUCGGUACCAAUGAGCUUUUUUAUUCAACUUAUUGCUGGUGUAAUUAUGCAUUCAGGUGAAUGACAUAAUCUCCACUAUUUCCUAGUCUUCAAGUCAUUAGGGUGUAUAUAUGUUUUGUACAAAUACAUUACAUGUCUAUAAAGCAUAUGUUACCUUAA